AAAGAAAGCGAAGCAAGCAAUCAACGGCGCGACUCCGGGCAAUGCAAUCGAACAGCAAAAGAAUUGCUUAAAAAACGGAAACAAACAUUUUCAAGUGAUACAUAAAUAACUAAUCGAACUGCAUAAUAAAUAUGAGUGGUGUACUCAGACGCGGCUCCCUGAAUUUUAAUUGUGCUGGCAGCUCGCGGGGCAGCCUUGAUGCCAACCUUAAUGGUGGCUAUCGCGAAACAAAGCCCACGCCAGGUACACCGGAAAUUAGUGUGAUUGCCAUGGACUUUCGUCGUCACUCUGAUGACUUGAAGAAGGUUAGCCUCAUGGCAAUGGCAGUGUCAGCACCAGCACAGGCAUCAGCACCACCAAUUGCAGCAGCCACAACAGAAACAACGGAAAAGGAUCUUAGCCAAGAUGCUGAUAGCGAUGUGCUAUCCAAUUUCCUUGGCCACUACCGCUGGUGGAGCUUCUUCUGGACAUUUGUAUUGUGCCUAUUCCAAGUACCCACCACAUUUCAUUUGUUUAUGUUUGUGUUCCAGGUGACACUUGAAACGCACUUGGGCGAAUUGUCGCCCAUGCUGCAAUCCAGUCAAAGUCCCGAACAACUGGAGCAGUUGCAGCUAAAAACGCUGCAAAAGCUAAUGGGCACCAUUGGCCGCUGGCAAUGCCUCUGGUGUGCCCUGCUUUCCACUUUUCAGGGCAUCUGCACAUUCCAUAUAUUUAUCUACGUCUUUCAGACAUCAGCCAAGGACUAUUGGUGUGCCAGACCAGUCAAUUUGGCCCAGCUGGACAUUGCCGAGUGGCGUAAUCUAAGUCAGACCGCCAAUGGCUGUCUUCUGCGCGAUCUCGACUAUAGCCAACUGAGCUACGAACAGGGAGAACUAAUCAAUUGGCCCAGCAAUGCCAGCGAGUUGGGCUAUAGAGAGUGCACCGAGUUUGAGUUCUCCGACGUGGAUGGUACAGCUAGAACAUUAGUACAGGAUUUUAAUUUGGUUUGUGGCAAUGAUAUAACAAAUAUUGUGGAAACGUGCUUUCUUACGGGUGCUGCUGCUGGCGCAGUGCUCUCCGGCUGGAUCUCGGAUAGAUUUGGACGCCGGCACACAUUGAUGGCCUUUGUGAGCAUACAAACCAUAUUCGGUGGAAUUUUGGCCUUCUCAACAUCGUUGGCCAUGUUCAUGUCGCUACGUGUUAUAAUUGGAUUCGCAUCAAUGACCGUGACUGUUGUUAGCUUCGUGCUAGUUGUGGAGCUGGUCUCUGGCCAGUGGCGCACUAUAAUCGGUAUAUUAAAUAUAUUGCCAGUCGCCAUCACGUAUGUCCUAUCUGCUGGCAUUGCCUAUUUUAUACGAGAUUGGCGCACACUACAAUUGGUCAUAUCGUGGCCCUGGCUAGUGAUGUUGUGCAUUUGGUAUUGGCUACCGGAAUCUCCACGUUGGCUGCUGGCCCAGGGGCGCCUGGAGGAGCUUUGUCGCCUGAUUGAGCGAGCUGCUAAGAUGAAUGGCACCUUAUUGCCUGCCAACUAUCAGAAGACACUUGAGGCUGCGGUUCCCAGAGCGGCGCAACAAUCUCCACCCACUGAGGUUGAGGGUAACAAAGUUGUGGAGGAGUCAAACCAUGACCUGGAGCUGGAGCUGCAUGUAAACCCUUUGGUGGUAGUGUUUGGCAGCAAGUAUUGGCGCACCACCGUGCUCACAUUGGUUAUUUGGCUCACACUGAUUAUCAUCUAUUUUGGACUGACGCUGCAUCUGAGCAAUUUGGGUGGCAAUAUUUAUAUGAACAGCGCUGUGGCCGGCACCAUUGAGGCCGUCUCAAUAUGCUUUAGCAUUUUUGUUGUGCUAAAGGCGGGCAUACGUAGCAGUCUCCUGGGUUAUAUGCUGUUGCCGGGUCUCUGCUGUCUGGCCACGAAUCUGAUACCGCAAGGUGAAAACAAUCAGACCGGUGUCAUAGCGCUGGCCAUUGUGGCCAAGUGCUUAAUUGGCGCCAAUAAUGCGAUUAUACCCACCUACACUGCCAUGCAGUAUCCAACAAUUGUGCGGAACUUUGGCGUUGGCAUGGGCAACUUGGCGUCGGGUAUUGCACUUAUUCUGGUUCCAUUCCUUUGGCAGCUGGAACACUUUGAUGCACUGCUUCCGCUUAACAUAAUGGGUGCGUGUGGUUUAAUCGGUGCCGCUGCUAUUGCCCUUAUGAAGGAUGUUGAGUAGUUCUAUAACUUUCAAAUACAUACACUUUAUUUUUGUUUGUCUAACUGUGAUAUAUUGGAAAUGUGGUUCAAUUGAGCCGGCACAAAAUCAUUUUUCUCAGCCUCUAUUAAGGUACUUAAUUUAUAUUUAUAACUCACUGAAAUAAACAAAUUUUGU